AUGACAUCGUCUAGAGAAGCCACUCGGGCUUCGUCCCUAUCGAGUCAAACGUUUCACGACAACGACCCCAUGUCUCUCCCCAUAAAGGACGAGGCGGGCACAGCUGUCAAUGAACAACACAACCCCAGCGAUACAAAAUUGUCAAUUGACACAGAAAAAGAAAGCCAGAAAGACGCUCCCGUUGAAUCCGAAGAAAAUCAAUAUCCCACGGCAAUGAACCUUGUUUUUGUCGUGGUCGCACUCAUCCUGUCUAUGUUCCUUAUGGCUCUUGACAUGACAAUUAUAGCAACAGCAAUUCCCAAAAUAACGGAUGAAUUUAAAUCUCUUGAUCAAGUGGCUUGGUACGGCUCGGCUUUCUUUCUGACAUUGGCCUCCUUCCAGUCCACCGCGGGCAAAGCAUACAAGUACUUUCCACUAAAGUGGACAUUCUUGUUGUCAAUCUUCAUCUUUGAAGUCGGGUCUUUGAUAUGUGGUGUUGCUCCGAACAGCACUGCUCUCAUUGUUGGCCGUGCCAUUGCCGGGUUGGGUGCUGCUGGUAUUUCUAGUGGUGUUUAUAUCAUCAUUGCUUUUUCCGCUCCACCACAACAGCGUCCGGCGUUGACAGGUGUAUUGGGAGCUACAUAUUCUGUUGCCAGUGUCGUUGGUCCUUUGCUAGGUGGUGUUUUUACUAGCGAUGUUUCCUGGAGGUGGUGUUUCUACAUCAACCUUCCUAUUGGAGCCGUCAGCGCUGCUAUCAUUGCUUUUUUCUUCAAGGUCCCUCCAGCAGCUAAACCUGCCACCGCCUCAGCGAAAGAGAAGUUCUUACAGAUGGAUCCCGCCGGAACUGUUACAAUCCUAGGGGCUGUUAUCUGCUACCUCCUAGCGCUCCAGUGGGCCGGUGUUAGCAAGGCCUGGGAUGAUUCUGAAAUCAUCGGGUUGCUGGUCGGAUUUGGUCUUUUGGUUAUACUUUUCAUCGGUAUCGAAUGGUAUUCUGGGGAGCGUGCCUUGAUUCCAUUCCGACUUAUGAAAGACCGCAACGUAGCCGUAUGUUGCGCAUACGUCUUGUUUGUUGUCGGACCCAUGUUCGUCAUGAUAUAUUAUCUACCGAUCUAUUUCCAGUCCAUCAAAAACGUAUCAGCUUCUCAGUCGGGUGUGCGCAAUGUGCCCUUUAUUCUGGCAACCAGUCUGACCACAGUUCUCUCCGGAGUUCUGAUUACCAUGUACGGCCACUUUGUCUAUCUUAUGAUUUUGGCUGCUGUCAUUGAGACCAUCGGAACGGGUCUCAUCUAUACUUUCGCCAUUGACACCGGCGCUGGCAAAUGGAUUGGCUAUCAAAUUCUUUGUGGCAUAGGCGCCGGUCUCGGUAUCCAAAUCGCUAUCAUUGUCAACCAGAGCUCGGUGGAUCCAUCCGACAUCUCUACCGUGUCAGCUGCCACGCUAUUCUUUCAAACUAUCGGCGGUGCAUUCUGGGUUUCUGCCGGGGAGUCUGCCUUUACCAACCGACUCGUGCAGAAAUUGCCCGAAUAUGCGCCCGGCGUCAACCCUGCACUUGUUGUUUCAACCGGUGCGACGGAAUUGCGGAGCGUAUUCACAGCAGAGCAGCUUCCCGGUAUUCUUGAGGCGUACAUGUCCGGCCUAAAAGUGGCUUUCAUAGUACCGAUUGCGCUUGGAGGCGUGGCGGCGAUUAUCUCCCUGUUCCCGAAAUGGGUCAGCCUGAAGGGCAAGAUUGACCCGGGAAUGGGGGCUGCAUGA